AUGACAUCAGAACUCCCUUCGUUGUCUGGAAAAGUGUGCAUUGUGACAGGAGCAUCUCGGGGUAUCGGUAAAGGUAUUGCCUUGAUAUUGGCCAAAGCUGGAGCCACUGUGUAUAUUACAGGUCAGUUUGGCUAUCAGAAAAUCGUCUUAUGGUUUACUAUUUUAGGCACAUUUUUGUUUAGUAUUCUACUUCCUUAAUCCUUUUAAGUGAUAAAAUUACUCUAACUUAUAUUUGGUUACAGGCAGGACUCUUGAUGCCACAGAAGGAAAACCUCCAGGCACACUGCGGCAAACCGCAGAGGAGGUCAGAUAAUAUUGCAUUAUACUUUAGUCACUUAUAGUUAAGCUUAUAAUUUAUUGGAGUAUUAUAAUUAAUGCUGUUCCCUAUCUGGAGAGAGAAAAUAGCUUUUUAGAAUUAUGGUAACAAAUCUAAUAAAUUAAUAGUAUUUACUAUAUGUUGAAUAGAUAGGAGAGGAGAGCUGUGGAGGACAGUGCAUACCUGUUCAAUGUGACCAUGGAAAUGAUGAAGAAGUCCAAAAGUUGUUUGAUAAAGUUAGCAAAGAACAAAAUGGACGCCUGGAUAUCCUUGUAAACAAUGCGUACAAUGGUGUGAAGGUACACAGUCUGCAAUUAUAUGCUCUGCUUCAUCAAAGCUUCCAAGUAUUUUUGUGUUGGACAAGAAGGGGGAAGCGGUCAAAGAGUGAGACUGGGGAGAGACGCGACUAUGGGCCUGUGAGGCUUGCGCGCUUCAUGCGAAAAUCUCACGCAGGCGCAUUAAAAAAACGAAUUUUGAGGAAAAACCGGAUUUUAUUGCAGUCUACUUGCUAUAGUGCAGCACAUCAGGGAAGGAUUAAAAGCAUAGCUAGCGGACUGCCCACAUAAAGGCCGGCAAAACAUUAGCCUGUGUUGUAGGUGUCAAGAGGGGAGGGGUAGAGAGGAAAAAAAGCGGAGAGAGGAUGUAAAAAUCAAAGAUGAAAACAACAACUUCUUAGGUUAUGUAUCGGGAGCUUCCUGACUCUACACAAUCCUUUGUGUUUUGCUCACAAAUUGCGACAGAGAAAAUCAACAGAGAGGACCAAAGCGCUUUGAAACCAUGGUAGUUUAUUCGCUCUGCUGAAAGCUACUGUGAAAGUUCCAUUAACUUGCACUCUCGUAAUUUUAAGAUCCCGAACACGCAUAUCCGUUUUUGUCUAAAAACAGAUUGUUUUUCUCCGGUUUGGCCUACUGUCCACACGUACCGUGCGAGUGAAAACGGUCACCGAAAACGCAUCUUUUGAAAAGCGCUCUCCAGAGUGUUGAAAACGCCGUCUUGUUGUACUCGUGUCACUGUGGAUUGAUGAAAACGAUGACGUCACGGGCUCAGAUGCCAGUAAAUGCGCAUGCUCCCAUCAAGUAUGGUACCGUUUGCAGUCACUAUUGCAGUCACUACUACCGUUUGCACUACACUAGCCCGUGUGGACGGGCUAAAGUGAUUCAAAACUGCAACGUGUGGACGCCGAUUUUUUUGAAAAAGGAGACAAAACGGAUAUGUGUGGACGGGACCUAAGUGGAAAGCCCUUCUUACAAUCAUGUUAACUUAGAAAAAAGGCACAGUACGAAAUGAUUUAAAGCAUUUAAACUAACUGCACGUACACUUUACUCAGGAGCAUUCAACAUAAUAUAGUCAUCUGUACUUUAUAUAUUAUUAUUAUUCAUUCAAAGUAUUUCCCCGAUUCUGAUUGGCUAAAAGCACACGUUUAAUUCACCAUAACCAGUUACUGAUGGCCAAAUUUGGAAGAAUUUUGUGUUUAAGGAGGAAAUGACGUCAAAAAUGCAGCAUUCGUCCAGGUUAAGGCACCGUUAACCGAGAAGACCUGAGGACGAGGUUGAGUUGUUUUGGUUGUGGAAACAAAAAUGGCGGUCAUUUCACUCGUUUCAAGAGUAAGAACUAAACGUAAAAAUAGCUAAAAACAUGGCAAGAACAGAAAGAAGACAACUCGAAGGGCGACAUCUGCUAUUUGGAGAAUAUUUGCGGAACUGGACAAACCUAAACGUGCACUAUCGAAGAUGAACUUAACAUCGAUGGAUCGAUGGAGGUAAGCAUGUGUUAGCCAUGUUUUUACACUAGGAAUUAUUUUGAAUGAAUAAUAGAACAAUUAUUGAAUUUGGCUUUCGUAUCAUAUGAAGAAUUAUGGAGAUCUCGGAGGGUGUUAUCCGCCUCGGCCUACGGCCUCGACGGAUAACACCCUCCUCGAUCUCCAUAAUUCUUCAUAAGAUACUCAACCUCAUUUAUUAAUUGAUAAAUAAUACUUAAAUUAGAUGCAGCAUAAAUUACACUUACAUUGAUCGUAUAAAUAUUCAUGCAAUAAUUGUUUGUUAAUUUCAAAUUGUUGUGUUAAUUGCUUUUAAGGCUAUAAUUGAAAAUUCUGGAGAACCAUUUUAUGAGCAGGUGAGAGCGCCUAGUUCCAUUUACCAAUUUGUUGAAGAAUUCUGCGUUAUAAAAAGUAGCCAUCUUAUCUCUUGAGAGGCACGUGAUUACCUUGCGUUAUUAUCAUAUACAAUUUAACUGUUAGGGUUAAAAUCUUCUUCUUAAUCCAUUCACCUCUGAACCGCCCAUAACCACGAAUGCGGAUCCACGUUUAUCAUUUGCCUUGCUUUAUCAGCAUAUACUUUUUAACUCUUAGGGAUGAUAUAUCUAACCUCCUGUACUUAACCCAGUGGGUCAAUAUCGAGAGUGGGGAGGGUGGUUGUGGUUGAAAUAUACACUCCAAUCUUUGCCUCUCCUCCCAACUUUCUUGAAUUUUCUGAAUCCUCUCUUGUGCUUUGUCGUUUUUUAACGUUUAAGCAAACUUAUAGACUUACUUUCUCUCGUGUUUUAGCCUUUACACACCUGGGAUGACAUGAACGAUGUGGGGCUGAGGUAAGCAGCUUAAAAGUGGAGCUCUGAGUGCCCACUUUGUGCUCGCGAGCGGAACCCCAUAACUAAGAAAAUGUGUUAAUCUAUCCAUUCGAGAAAUUUUGGUAAUCACGUGACCGUACAUCCGUCCGACCGUCCGAGCCAUUGGGAAGUCAAGGUUAAAUGUCACAUCCAUGUUGUGGUCAAUUGACAGAUGUCAGAAAAAGGGUAUCCGGCUACCAAUAUCACAUAACCGUAUUGCGGGCUCAGGUGUCGACCUUUGGAGGUUACGUUAAGUUCUCCGCUGACAAGUUACUAGUUUUCGAUUGAUCGCAGGCUCAACUUUAAGUGGAUGUCUAUUUGUUAAGAGGAGCUUCGCCUUAAGCCUUGGCUAAAUUUAUUUAUUAUACAAACAAGGAACCGGCUGUUUUGGCUCUAAAUUGUGUUAUCCUUGGUUCAAAAGACCUUUUUAGCUUGUAUGUUUUGUUUUCCAAAUUUCAGAGAAAUGUUUCUUUCAAUUGUGGUCUAUCCAUGUGCAUGUAAUUUAUGAAAAGAAAAGAGGCUAAUUUCCUUGAGUAUAUCACGUGGUCUGAAUUAGGAAAAUUAAAGUUACGACCCGAAAGGUCUAUUCAUACUAUGAUUUUUGCUCAUCUCCCUCCUUCGCACCCGCUUGGGCCGGUGUCACUGCUCCCCGCCCUUACGACUUGUUUUUACUUAUAGGAAAAAAUGAACAAAUGAAAUACUUCUUGCUGCUUUAAGCGAUUUUCUUUGGAGUUCUCCCAUCCCUUUUUAUAACACAUCGCGUGCCAGUGAGGGUUUUCCCGUGAGAUAAGACCCAACCUUUCCGGUAAGUGGUGCAGCGUAUACAGUAAUAACAAAAAGAGGCGCUCAUUGGUCCGAGCAGACGAAACCACAAAAUCAUGGUAAAGUAACAACCUUUGCUUUAAAGGGCUAUUCUUAGGUUUCGCAAAUUACAUUCAUUUGAGCGUGGUAAAGUAGCUACACUCAAAAGAGUCCUCUCUACGAACGAAAUAGUUUAAUUCGGUUCAAGUCCAACUUUGACGUUUCAGCCCAAGUAAAUUAAAAGAAAAAUGUCUGUUGAAACCUGAAAUGUUUAAGGCGGGUUAUUAUUGAAAAUAGGUUAGACCGCGGUUUGAGAAACUCAUUGGGCCUUUAAAACUGUUUCUAAGGUGAUUUAUAAAACAGCGCGCGUGCUUGCCCUAUAUAAGUCCUAUUGAGCCACUAUGAACAAAAUCUUUAUUUACGCACGCCCGUGCGCAAAUAAGAUGACGUGAGCAUUUUUUUUUAUUUGGCUGCAAAGUACAGUUGUCGUCUUUUAAGCUGCAGUGCAGUUUUCCUUCUCUUUAAAAUAUGGAAGAAACCAGCGAAGAACUGCCCAAUUUUUGUAUCGGCAUUGACCUUUUAGGUCCUGAUCCAACAAGCAGCAAAAAUAAAGCCGAAUUAAAAAAAACUCGCAAGUUGCGAGUUGCGCAAAUUUGUCGGAAGACCAGCUGCAGCAAAUUUUGGCCGAAAGACAUUCACUGGGAACAGAACAGACACCAACUGGUCAUUAACAACAUUUUUGAAAGGGUAAAAUUUCCGUUUUUAUUGUUGUUUUUAAAUUUGUUACGCACUUUUGUUAUCUCCGGACAAUCCGACUGAAGCAGGAAAAUUUCUCUCGCAAUAGCAACACAAAUUACACAAGAAGACAUAAAUUUAUUACUCACAAAAACAACUUCUGCCAGGUCUUCUCAAGAAGCCGUAAUGACCAGCCAAUGCUCGUAAAUGAAUAUAAGUUUAAAGAAGGAUGACAGUCGUCUUCGCUAAAAACAUGUUUUCUGGAUUUCUUCGAGCAAAACGUAAACAUCUUUUCAGCAAAUCCAAACCAUACUCCACGACUUCUUACGAACAUGUUAGUAUUUUAACUUUAGGUGAACUUUAAGACUCUUUUACCUUUGUUUCUGCUUAGUUUCUAUUGAUCGUUAACGAAUAAAGAAGCAAAUUUUCUUUCUCAGUUUUACAGAAAGAACAUUCUCAUUCAAACUAGAUUGUGGCGUGUUCGUAAUCAGCCAAUAGAACCGUUUGUUAUUAUGUAGCGCGUUACGAGAAAUCUGCAGUAAAUCAAAAAGCAAGCAUUUUUGUCAGCUAUGUUAUAAAAGAAUUUGCUCAUGCUUUUAGCUGUGCGUAUAUCGAGUUAUGGAUGCACUUGGGAAGUUUGGAGAGCACUCCAGAGGCUAGAGUUGCACUCGGCUAUCGCCUCGUGCAACUCUUACGCAUCUUUCAUGCUCUCCAAACUUCCCGCGUGUAUCCAUAACUCGAUAUACGAACGCUAAGCAUGAACAAAUUCUUAAAUUCCAGUUAGGGGUUUUCACAUGACGUCACCAAAAUUCAAACUAAGAAACUAUCGAUUCUUCUGAGCUUCUACUUUCAUGAGGUAUUACAACACCUAAAAACCUUUUUUAACACAAAUUUUUGGUUGCAAAGGGUUCUUUGUUUUGCGAAAGAAGACGCUUGAAUUUCCAGGCUUUUGCUUGGCGCUGCAUUCAGCUGGCGGCCGGGAAAGCUCUUAUGCGGGUUAUUUUGCUAUCUAAACAUUAUUUUUUCUUAGAAUGAAUAUUACUGUAAUCUUUAUGAGUUCCUCUAGCGAUGAAUUCACGCAUAAAUAGGAAAAGUCAAAAAAAAGAUGUUUCUGUUGGUUUCCGGCGGCCAUCAGUUGUGCCCCUCAAAGGGACGAUCAACGUGGCGUCUCCAUACAAAGCCUUUUAAAUUAUGAAUCAUAUGAAUCAUUGCACAGACCUGAUUCUUGGCAAGGCUUUUGGUACAUUUAUCUUCUUUCAUUUCCCAGAUUCUGGACUUUCUGCAUGGACUGGUUUGCAUUUUUAUUUUUGAUGGCGUGACAGUGAAAACACAGAGUAGAUUGUGUUUUUGCAUGGACUAUAUGGCUCUCCUGACCCUGUUGACAGCUAACAAUGUUCAAUGUAAGAGUUAGCGUAAUUGAAAGGGACUUAUAUCGCGGCUUUAACAGGAAACACGUUUCAACUCUGUUUUCACUGACUUGGGCUCGUCAUUCAGAAGCGUCGAUAAGAUUUGUACCCUCCUAGGGAUGUGUGUGAAUUAUUUUAAAAGUAUUAUGUAUUUGGUGACUUAAAAUGACUGCCUUGAAUAAAAUGCGCCAGAGAAAACAAGUAGAAGUGUUUUUGGCCUACUUUAAAUCAAAAUCAUUGCCACCAACUUGAAUCUCUUGCAAAAGAGAAGAGCUUUUGGUCGCAUACUCGCAGGGUAGAUAGCAGCCUCUUGCUCUCGUAUUAUACAGAAGCUUGUGGACUUUUGCUUGCCUUUUUUCGUUGAAAUAUUUUCUAUAUCUCUAGAAGUUAUACUUUAACCCUAGUUAUACGUCACUUAACGCGAAAGGCUAUUAAUAUUUUAUGUUUCCCGCUAAUGUUCCUUAUAUCUGGCGUCCUUUGUGUCUCUUUUCUCCCGUAAGGUCUCAUUACAUUGCCGCGUGGCAUGCAGCCAAGAUGAUGGUUCCAGCCAAACAGGGACUUAUAGUCAACGUUUCAUCGCCAGGGGGAUUAAGAUAUGUCCUUAACGUUCCAUAUGGCGUUGGAAAAGCUGCAGUAAGUCGCACAAGUGUGGGCUCUUCAAAAAGAAAUCAAAGUCCAUGGCUCAUUUGUGCGGGCAUUCAGCGAAAUAUUUUAUUAUUCAUUCGAAGUAUUUCGCCGUUUCUGAUUGGCUCCAAUCAAGUAGUACUUACCAUAUUUGGAAGAUGCGAUCAAUAUACCAUAGAUUCGAUGGUAUAUUUUGAUUGGAAACGAGGUUGAUCGAUGGCAUAUCUGAUUAGAAAAGAGAAUCUGCUUGGGCACAAGUGAACUAUAAAAAAUUGGCGUUCACGGCCAAGACGAAAUAGCCGAAUUUCUGACUUGAAAAAAUGCCAAAAUACGUAAAACAAAUUGCUUGAUGGAUUUUAUUUACUUUUUGAAGAGUAUCUGCAAGAUAAAACAUUCUGUUUAUACCCUGGAACCGUUUCGAGAAAUAGGCCAAAGUUUUGGAGAAAAUCUACGAGAAGUUAUUAAGCAGAAAUUAUUUGAAUGAUGAUAAAACAAUUUUUUCAUUUGGCUAUCGUAUGAUCCGAAGAAUUAUGCAGAUCUCGGCCUUUAGCCUCGGUGGAUAACAUCCACAUUUUACACGGUUUAUUUGCGUUCCUUUUUUUGUUGUUUUUCAGUGUGAUCGAAUGGCCGCAGACAUGGCUGUGGAGCUGAGGGAACAGAAUGUGGCCUGCAUUUCGCUUUGGCCUGGAGCUGUGUUUACAGAACAAAUCAAAGACCUUAUCUUUAAGCCAGAAAAUGAGAAGGUAAUUUUG